AUGCGACCCCCACCCGUGAUAGUGGCGGCUAAGUACCUCUUUCCUCUUUCCUUUCCAUAUAAAACACACGUCUAUCGAGAGGAUUGCAAAACAGUUGCCGGGAUCAUCAGAAAGGUUUAUAUUUCCACGAAGCCUACCGUUUCAGUGCAAAUCAUGAUUGAGAAUCUCGGUCCAGGCAGUGCACUGCAUCCCAAAUCCGCCUCCAAAAUAGACAUUCUCCUUGAGAGCUCUCUACACGAUGCCGAGCUUGUCUCCAGCUUUCACGCGCCCAGAUUCAGGCAACGAUUGGCCAUAAUACAAGCAUGGGGAGUGCGAGAGGGUGAGACGAUUCUGGAUAUCGGUUGCGGUCAGGGCGAAUCAUGUCUCGCUCUCGCUCUUGAAGUUGGUCCUCGCGGACACAUUACCGGCAUCGACCCUGCGCAGCUGGACUACGGCCACCCCUUUACCAUGCGAGAGGCCCAUCAUCAUAUCCAGAAGUCUGUUCUUGGACCGCGAAUCUCCUUCUUCCCUGUUGAUACUCCGUCCUAUCUUGCAAAGCUGGACGGACAGAGAAAACAUUUUGACUCGGUCACGUUAUGCCACAGCCUAUGGUAUUUUCCCAACGAUCAAGCCGUCUACUCAUUAUUCGAAACGCUAGCAAAGGCGCGCAUCCGUCGUCUUUACCUGGCUGAAUGGUCUUACGAGCCAACUUGUCCGAGCCAGGUUGCACACAUCCUCGCAGCCAAGGCCCAAGCAUUGCUUUAUCGGUAUAAGACACCCAGCGAGCCAGGACUGAGGGAACAAAACGUUCGCGUCGGGGUGGACCAACAACUCAUUCUUAAAGCUGCCCACGCCGCCGGUUUUAAGGUUACAGAGGAACGCUUCAUUUCCUCGGCAGGGGACAUGAGGGAGGGUCAAUUCGAAGUGAGAUUUGUACUGGGACGAGUAUUUCAACAGCGCGUCGCCGACGCUUGCUUGACCGAAAAUCAACGAGAGGAAAUUAAUGCGGCCAUUUUGAAACUUCAAUCAGAGAUGGAGCGAUUGGGCUCGACUAACACGGCGACGGUGGGCUCGAUGGAUGUAUGGUGCCCAGUUCUCGAGCUGAACAAGUAG